GAGUGGAUGGCAUCUAAAGGUUCUCUCAUUCUUUAGAAUUCAGAAUGUUCUAGUACAGCCUUAUUAGCUUGAACAUUUUCUAAACGUUCCCUUCAACUAAAUCAUUGAACCGAGCCAAAGCUACUUGUGACACAAGAAUUGACACCAGGACAUUUUUAUUUGGUCUUUAUCUAUCACUAUUGGAUUAUCUAUUUGUCUUCCAAGAUGGAUCUUCAUCUAGUUGUAUUGUUUCUUGCCCUCGUAUUCAUUGUGGAUUUUCAUUCAUGGAAGGUGUCGGGCUGUCAGUGCUCUCAUACGCCUCACCCACAGCAGUACAUGUGCGAUGCAGACUAUGUUAUCAGAGGGAAAGUAAUAGCAGAGGCAUUUGUACCGAACGGUGGCGUCAAAUCCUCCAAGGCACCUGUCCCUACGCUACCCCCACCAACCACCACAAAGAGGCCACCAUUCAAGUUCCCUGACUUCAGAGAGCGCCAGUGGUGGGAGCCUGUCCUCCGUCGGCCACACCCAAGGAAUCCUCCCCCAAGGCAACCUGAGUGGAGGAAUCCCUUCUUGGGCUUCCAGAACCCCCCUCCACUGGUCCUUGCUGAUGAAGCCCCGCCUCCAGAACCCCAGCAUCUUGAGGAACCUGAGCUACCUCUCAUGGUGGCUGACCAGCCACGCCAAGCCUAUCAUCAUGGAGCAUACAAGGAGACAUUUCCAUGGCAAUACAGGAGGAGAUACACGUUAAAGGUUGACAAGGUUUACAAGGGAGAGGAGAUGAUUUCAGUCAAGUCAACAGUCAAUGUCUUUACGGAACCUGAAGAAAGCAUGUGUGGAAAACAACUCAAAAUGGAUACAAGAUACCUUAUUGCUGGUUAUAUUGUAGAUGGGGAGAUCUUCAUAGGCCUGUGUGACUGGGUAGUUGAGAAGUCCAAGCUCACCAAGGAUCAGAGGAGAGGACUCAGGCAUACCUACAAGAAAUAUUGCGAUGUCUGCAGAAUAAAAUCUGGAACUCUGUACUGGCCUCCUGAAGCCAAGGAGAAGGAUGUCUGCCCUUAUAACCCAUACCUUUCAGGAAACACAGAUUGCGAAGGAAAAUAUUCCAGUUGUAUCAGGUCUUCAGACGGUACCUGCAACUGGAUGGAGACGAGACAGCUCAAACACUGUAAGAGGAAAAUAGAGAGUUCAGUAUUCUUAUAACUCUACAAAGAGCAGUACCUGACUCUAAAGAGGCUUCCAGAACUGACCUUAAAGAUUGCUUUAGCAAUGUGGAAGGAGUAUGGGGUGCACUGCUAGAGACAUGGGCAAGUGGAGAGCAGAUGAACUGUCCAAACUGUGCAGUUUCCCAUUGUUCUCUCUUGGAGCAGUCGCCACAAUGAAAGAAUUGCUUGGAGAAACUUCCUAGAGCUCUGCAAUGGAACAUUUUGUGCAGAAGCUCUGGAUUCCUUCCAUCUGAAGAGUCUAAGUUCACUCACUCACUCUAUGAUGCAGCCUUUGACUACAACGAGAGCUGCAUAUGGAGGAUUUGUCUUGUGGCAGUUGUCUUGAUGUUAGUCCAUGGCUUACAGGAUGUCGGAUGUACAUCCCUUGAUAGAACCUUCUACAACCUAUAGAUGUGAGCUGUUUGGUGGAACACUUUGGAGGACUGUCCCUCAUGUGUUCACUCUAUUAAUAUCAAAGGAUACUGGUGUGGUCAGCUUAAGAAACACAGGUUUUAAUGUGGACAUGGGUCAAGUAUUGGUAUUCACAUAAACUUCACAACUGUGUUUACAGUCUGGUCCAGUAAUCAAGGAAAUUUGAAGUUCUUCACAAAAAAAAAGUUCUGUGCCUGAAACAGACAUUGAGAUAUAUUCAUUCAAAAGCUUGUAGUUACUGCUUUGAAACUAUGAGCGAGAUAUUCCGUGAUUUGAAGCUGGACUUAGACGGGUGAUUUGGGAUCAUGUGCCCAAGAAAAAAUAUAAGAUGUACUAUUUAAGCUAUAAAUCAUGUAUGUUUUAAGCUACUAAUGGUGGUGAUGGCCAAGAUAGAAAGUUGAAAAAAAAUGGAGAUCUCAGAAGUCUCAGGAAAACCUGACUUGCAUAUUGAAGUUGAUGACAUCUAAAACUUUGAUAAUUUUUGUUAUACCGCAGUAUUAUAAUGCAAGUACAUCUUGAGAUUUAAAAAAAAAGAGGUUUAUCAUACAAAUAGAAAUGAAAUUUGAUAAAUACUUCCAACUGUGUAUGCAAUUUUGAAAUAUGAAUUAUUCAAAGUAUUAUAUCAAAUUAUGUAUGAUCAAUAGAUUAUUUAUUAUUGAACAAGGUUUAAAUGAUGGGUUGUGUUACUCUCCCCUCCUACCUAUAUAUAUAUGUAUAUUUAAAUAUAUACAUAUACUAUUCUUAAGUGUUAUGUAGUUUGUUGAUGUGUUAAAUGUUCAUUUAGGAUUCAUUAUUAUGGAACUGUUAUGAAGACACCCAUGCUUCAAAGGCUUGUCCAUGCAGACAUGCUGUAGUAAACUUUGGCCUU